CGGAAGAGCUGGUCGGAGAGGUAGUAGCCACGUUCGCGGGCUGAGCUGUUGGGCGGUGCAGUAAUGGACUUUGAUACUGUUACAAAGUACUCAGCACUUCAUGCGAAGCCUCUUGGGCUUUCCUCUCAAUAUGGAACAGCUGGAUUCCGUACCAAGGCAGAGAACCUCAACCAUACCAUGUUUCGCAUGGGCUUGCUGGCCGUAUUGAGGUCCAAGCAGACAAGAGCCACAAUUGGAGUAAUGGUUACAGCCUCUCACAAUCCAGAAGAAGACAAUGGUGUGAAGUUGAUUGAUCCUUUGGGUGAAAUGUUGGCACCUUCCUGGGAAAAACAUGCAACGUACUUGGCCAAUGCAGAAGAUCCUGAACUGCAGAUUGUGCUGUCUGAUAUUUGCCAGAAGGAAGCAGUGGACCUUCAGCACAAUGCCUUUGUUGUUAUUGGCAGAGACACUAGAUCUAGCAGCAAGAAGCUUUCUGAGUCAGUAGUUGACGGUGUGUCUGCCCUUGGAGGACAAUACCAUGACUAUGGCUUAGUGACAACACCACAGCUACAUUACAUGGUUUGCUGCCGAAAUACUCAUGGGAACUAUGGGACAGCAACAGUGGAAGGCUACUACCAAAAGCUAUCCAAGGCUUUUACAGAGCUUACUAAACAGGCUGUCAGCCAAAGGGAUGGUCAUGUGUGUUUGAAGGUAGAUUGUGCCAAUGGUAUAGGGGCUCUGAAACUCAAAGAACUGGAACACUACCUUCCAGGAUGCCUUAGGAUACACAUAGACAAUGAUGGAUCGAAAGGCAAACUCAAUCACUUAUGUGGAGCUGAUUUUGUGAAAGUGCAUCAAAAACCUCCUGUGGGCCUGGAAAUGAAGACUGGUGAAAGAUGCUGCUCAUUUGAUGGUGAUGCUGACCGAAUAGUCUACUACUAUAUGGAUACUGCUGGCCGUUUCCACCUUCUAGAUGGAGAUAAAAUAGCAACUCUGAUCAGUACCUUCCUUAAAGAACUUCUGGUGAAGACUGGGCAAACUUUAACAUUGGCUGUAAUACAAACAGCAUAUGCCAAUGGGAGUUCUACACGUUACUUGGAAGAAAACAUGAAGGUGCCUGUCCACUGUGCCAAAACAGGAGUGAAGCACUUGCAUCACAAGGCCCAGGCGUUUGAUGUUGGAGUUUACUUUGAAGCAAAUGGUCACGGCACUGUAUUAUUCAGUAAAACCGCGGAAGAGAAAAUAAGACAUCAGGCAGAAAAUGAAAAAGACAACCGAAAAAGAGAAGCUGCAAAGAUGCUUGAAAAUAUGAUUGAUUUGAUAAAUCAGGCAGUUGGAGAUGCCAUCUCAGACAUGUUAGUGAUUGAAGCCAUCUUGGCUUUGAAGAACUUCACAGUACAACAGUGGGAUGCCAUAUACACAGACCUUCCAAACCGGCAACUCAAAGUGAAGGUUGCUGACAGACGAGUGAUUGACACUACAGAUGCUGAAAGACAGGCAAUUACCCCCCCAGGGCUGCAAGAGAAAAUCAAUGCCCUUGUGAAGAAGAAUAAAUGGGCUCGAGCUUUUGUUCGCCCCUCUGGAACAGAAGAUGUAGUCAGAGUCUACGCUGAAGCAGACAUGCAGGAGAAUGCUGAUAACCUUGCAUAUGAAGUCAGCUUGGCUGUUUAUCAUUUAGCUGGAGGAGUUGGAGAAGAACCCAAGCCUGUAGGUUGAAGGCACCACUGUUGUUCUUCAAGAUGGACUGUAAACUGUGCUCUCUUGAUUUUUUCUUAUUUCUGUACCUUUGUCAUAUGUACACUUAAUCUCUCCUUAUAUAUAAAGCUGUUUUGGUCGUGGACUCUUGAACAUGCUCCCAAAUCAGUUGACCGGCUGGUGUGUCGCUCAAAUGGCGUCUCUACCCACUGGCUUGCGUGGCUGCCUGCGUUGCCGUCGUCCCGGCCUCAGUCUGCUCACAGCUGGCACCCGGCCCAGAUGCUCCAGUGGACGUCCGCUUCUCAGGCCGAUCCCUAUCCUGCCAGCGCCACAGCAGACAUCGUUGGCCAAGCCCGACUGCAGGUACCCGCCUGGCCUGUGAACGGAUGGGGGCCAGCGGGCACAAAGCCAGGGCCGGGCCCUUGCAUUGCCCCUU